AGUUCCCUAAUUGGCACUUCGAGGAUAAUUAUAAACACGCUCGCUACGAAGGAUAUACAUUGUAUCCCUUCCACUCAUCUCAAAUUUCUCUAGUCACUAAUUCAAACCAGCAACAAUGACAUCAUACGCUGUAACAGGUGCAGCUCGGGGAAUUGGCUUUGAAUUUGUUAAUCAACUCUCCGCUGAUUCUGGGAACACCGUGUUCGCCAUUGUACGCAGUAAGGCCACUGCGACCAAGCUUGCGGGUCUAGGAAGGCCCAAUGUUUACAUCAUCGAGGCCGAUAUCACAAACACCAACGCCCUGCAUCUCGCUGCUGCAGAAAUUGCUACGGUCACAGGCAACUCGCUUGAUUACUUGAUCAACAACGCUGCUUUCGUGGAGCCAGAAAGAGAUGGAUUGACUCUCGAUUCAUACUCCUCAGAAGAGUUGCUCACCAAGGAUCUCCUUGAUUCGUUCAAUGUCAAUGUCGUCGCCGUCAUUCAUACCAUCAACAUCUUCCUCCCCCUGCUCAAGAACGGGAAGGCGAAGACGGUUGUCACGAUCAGCACCGGAUUGGGAGACCUCGAUGCGACACUAGCCUUUGAAAACGCCGCCUCCGCACCGUACUCGAUCUCGAAAGCUGCUGUCAACAUGGUCAACGCCAAGUAUGCUGCCCAAUACAAGCCAGAGGGCUUCAUCUUCUUGGCGCUUAGUCCAGGACUUGUGGACACUAGUACCAGGGCCCCCACUGAAGAGGAGCUCGAAAAAGUCACGGAAAUGAUUGGAAAUUUCAGAAAGGUCUACCCCGAUUUCACGGGGCCGAUUACACCACAGACCUCUGUCCAAAUGCAACUCGAGGUCAUCAACCGAAUCACGGUCAACGACACAGGCGCAUUCAUCUCACACAAAGGAAAUAAAGAGUGGUUAUAGGUUCUAUAGACACUCAUGCUCGCUGGCAGCUUCAUACUACUAUAAAGAUACUUAUAGCCAUUUGCAAAUGUAACGGUACUGGCACCUCGAUGUACAACAAAUGAUAACAUGGACCACAAAAGGACUUGGUGAUAUUUUGAAGGCUCGAGUUGUAGUAGCGUGAGUCCGUGACGUCUCAGAUCUCAAAUCUCAGCUUCUGAAUCUACUGCGACAUGGGUUGUGGCCCGAAGACUUUCAAAAAUCAAUGACUCCGAUAGCUCGGAUGACGACGGCAGCGUCC